CCUCCUCCUUCUCAUCUCAUAAUAAUUAAUCUUCCUUUCUUUUCCCCCCCUUAUAACCCAAAAAGGUUCCUAUCUGCUUCGUCAAAGCGAACAAUGGCUCUCGAGGCUGUGGUAUUCCCACAAGAUCCUUUCAACUAUAGUUAUAUGUCAGGACUUGGCUAUGGUUUAGAAGCAGAGCAAGAGAGAGGCUUCGUGGGGAUGACAGGCAAUGUGAAUUGGGAUUAUUCUUCGGUGUUGCAAGAUGUGAAGGAGUCAUGGGAUAGCUCAAACUCGUCUCCUCAAGAAUCUGUGUCCCCUGCGGCUUCCACAGGACGUCGCAAACGACGUCGCACCAAGACAACCAAGAACCAGGAGGAAAUCGAGAGCCAGAGGAUGACCCACAUUGCCGUGGAGCGUAAUCGCCGCAAGCAGAUGAAUGAGUACUUGACCGUGCUCCGAUCUUUGAUGCCUUCUUCUUAUGUUCAAAGGGGUGACCAAGCCUCUAUAAUUGGAGGCGCCAUUAACUUCGUAAAGGAGCUGGAACAACAUCUACAGUCGAUGCAGGGCCAAGCCAAAACAGGGACCCGCGCAGAACACAGCCCCUUUGCCGGUUUCUUCUCGUUUCCACAGUACACAACACCUGCAACUCAGGGCAGCACCGGCUGUACGGCCGCCAACGACGUCGUGAUGGGACAAAACCAGGAGGUCGGGGCCGCCGACAUAGAAGUGAGCUUGGUGGACAGCCACGCGAACCUCAAGAUACUCUCCAGGAAACGGCCGGGCCAGCUUGUGAAGAUGGUUGUUGGGCUUCAGAGUCUCAGACUCUGCAUUCUUCACCUCAACGUUACUACAACUCUCGACGAUAUGGUUCUGUACUCUGUUAGCGUUAAGGUUGAGGACGAGAGUCAGUUGAACACAGUAGAUGAAAUUGCAGCUGCUGUGAAUCAACUAAUGCGCAGAAUUCAAGAAGAAGCUGCUUUCUGUUGAAACUUGAGGAAAUCCUUUUCAGUUGUAUUAAUGUUUUUAUUAUUGUAUUGGAAGAGUUUAUAAUCGAUCUUGUUUUGGCUGAACGGAACCUCUAAUAAGAACAAAACAAUUGUGCAGAUCUUAAGUUAAGUAGGAUAGCGUGAAAAUGAGUAGCUUGUGCAAGGCGUGGCCCAUCUAGUCCAAUUUCACUCGAGGCAUGUACAGCCAACAACGUCACAUGACUCGAAGAAUUUCUUGUUUCGUGUUAAUAAAAUACCACGGCUAGUGCUUAGAGCUGUUUUUA